AUGAAACAGUCAAACAAGUUGGAAACCUGGGGCAACGAAACUACAAUGAACUUAAAUAAUAUUCUUUAUCAGAAUAUUCAAGCCUCACCUUAUUUCAAGCAAUUAUAUGAGUUGAAAACGUAUCACGAAGUGAUUGAUGAAAUAUAUAACCACGUCGAGUCGCUUGAGCCUUUCCUUAAAGGGACGACAGCGUCGACAGCAUUUUGCUUACUAUAUAAACUUUGGACUCUUCGAUUAACUGUCAAGCAGGUGACUGGUUUAAUUGAGCAUAGUGAUUCUCCACACAUUAGAGCUUUAGGAUUUUUAUAUCUUCGUUAUGUUUGCAAACCAGCAAACUUAUGGGAAUGGUUUGAUGAAUACUUGGAGGAUGAAGAACAAGUACAAAUUCAAGGUGGUCCACGGCCGGUCUCAAUAACUAUUGGUAAAAUGUGCCGCCAAUUGUUAACUGAACAAAAAUGGCUUGGUACUAUUUUACCUCGUAUUCCUGUACCUAUUGCUCGUGAUAUCGACCAAAAACUCAAAGAAAGGUUACAACCACCUCCUCUGCCAAGGAGAGAAUCUCCAUCAUAUGAUCUUGAUCCUAGAGUAUCAUUGGAACGUUCCUCAAGAACAAGACGGUACCGUGAUCAUGAUUAUGAUCGUCGGGAACGUGAUAGACUCAGAGAUUAUGAUCGUGAACAUCAACGACAUAGAAGGUACAGAACUCCAAGCCGUGAACGUAGGGCAGAAAAGGACUACGAUCGCCGUGGUAGUUAUGACGACAAAAGAUUAGAGAAUUAUGACCGAAAAAGAAGGUACGAAGAUGAUAGAAUCUAUGAUCGUCGUAGGAGUCGAAGCCCACGAAGUUAA